AUGCUGCCGGCGUAUCUCUGGCACAAAGUCUUCCGCUACCUGCUGCUGCCACCUGGCUCCUCUUACCCUGAAACUCCCCUUGUCCGGGGCAGGCGAAAGUUUCCAUGGUAUCUCGCCACUACGGAACAACCCAUAACGGACAGGAAUCUGCCUGUGAGAUUUGUGGACCCUGAUUUCUCAGCAGCCGGGCAGCACUGGAAGAACGCGAGGAGCUAUGGCAGUGGGUGGGCGCUGCUGUGCUGCGCCAUGGCCAGCAAGAGGCUUCUCGCCCUCGUGCUCUCCUUCUCCGCGUACCACCCCAUCUUCCAGCCAACCAGCAUUCACAUUCUCUCCUUCAAUCCCUCUCCGCAGGCUAACCACCCCAUCGCCUACGUUUGCAACGAGCUGCACCCGCGGUGGAUCAAAAGCGCCCACCACCCCAUCGAGCUGGUAUACAACGAGCUGCACCCGCAGUGGAUCAAGAGCGUCGAAUUCUUCCUGCGCCAGCGCCACCGCCUCAGCUCCCUCUCGCUUACCUACACGGACAAGGAGCAGCUUGAAAACCUUGACUCGCCACUCCGCCAGCCCUUUACCUCCCUCACCUCCCUCAGUCACAAGCUGCGCAUCUGUGUCGACAAAUCCGACAGGUUUGACGACGAUCCUUAUAAGGAUUAUAAGGAUGAAGAGGAUGAGGAUUCCUGGACCCACUCCUUGAACUGCCCAGGCCUGCAGCGGCUGAAGCUUGGCCGAGGCAAGUGGAGUCUCCAGGAAGGCUGGGCUGAGCGCUUCAAGUCGCUGCGCAGCUUGACUCUCAAGCACAUGGAUUGGAGCUACGUGGAUCUUAAGUAUCUUGGCACGGUCACACCGCGGCUCACGGAGUUCGUUCUCUACCAUAGCUGGGAUUUGGACCCCCGAACCUCAGGCCUGGGUGUUGGUGGCACAUUCGCUUUUGACUUAUCGAAGGCUCAAACCGUCCGCUUUUAUUUCCCGCAUAGCAGCCUCACACUCUCCCUCACACUCUCUCACUCGCUCACGAUUUUCUCAGCCAUGGCGAAACAGCUUGUUCUCUCCUGCAAUAGCACGAAACCUCUCACUCUCCAACACCUCUUGCUGUACGGCCAGAAGCGGCUUGUCAUUUCCUCCUUCCGCCUCGCUUCCGUGCGAGUUGCCUACCUCAACGGCCCUCCCAAAGACCACCACUCUCGCAAUGAUGAAUAUUCUUCCUACCUGGACUCUCCUGCGUUGUCACCUGAACGUUCACCUGAAAUUUCUGCAUUUUCCUGGGCUGAAUGGCCUGCCCCUAUAGCGCCAACAGUGGAGGUGCUUAUUGUGAGGCAUGGGGUGCCUGUAGAGGGGGUUGACGCGGAGUGGAGCAGCCUGCGCAGCCUUGGGAUUGUCGUGGAGAGAGAGGAGCGGUUUGAGGUGGAUUUGAAGGUUGAGAGGCGACGGGAUGAUGGUGAGGAGGUUACAGUGGAGGAUUUUCAGGAGCGCAACCAGAGGUUUCUGCAGCAGCAGCAGCAGCAGCAGCAGCGGUGGCGUCAGGAGGAGGAGGAAGAGCAGCAGGAGGGGCAGCAGCAAGAACGAAGACCUCCGUUUAUCUUGGCUCCAAACUUGCAAGCGAUCUUCUUCCCCACCCACGCAUGCGAGCAGCAAACCCUUGCUUCCCUUCGCAAACUCUGUCCCUCUCUCGCCCUGUACUGUAUCUCACGUCGCUCGUUCUACUGGGAGAAGCAGCGGAAGCAGUUGCCAGAGACCCCUGUGGUGCAUGUGAGGAAGGCGAGAAGCGGGGUGCCAUGCGCCUGCUUUGCGGAAAGGCGGCCGAAGAAUGUGCGGGAGAAGAUGCACAGCGUGAAUAGAAAGCUGGUUGAUGGGUACAGUGUUGAUAAAGAAGAGGCUUACAUGGCGGGAGUGGACGGGGGAGUAUCGGAUGCUGCUGGGGUGGGGGGGCAGGAAGAGGAGGAGCGGUGGGGAAGGGAGAAGCAGGGUCAGAAGAAGGAAAUGGGGAAGGUGGGAAUGACGCAAGGCAUUCGUCGCCGCCCACUGUCCAUCUAUUCAUCUGGCUCUCUGCUUGCUCUCCUUCCGCCCGUGCCUGCUUGCGCACGUCCCUGUCCCCUCCCCACUGACGCCAUGGGCGGUCCCGCGGACGGGCUAGGGCUCGGCGCGGAGGUCAACGGGGGCGCGGAGUCCGUCGCGGAUCUCCUCGCGCUUCCCCCUGACGCCCUUCCGCGGAGCGACCUUUUCUUCCGCCUUGCGCGCGCGCAUUUCCGCGCAGCUGUAUCCGCCUCCGCGGGUGGCCCCACCAACCCCGCGGACCCCGCAAGCUCCCCCGCGGGUGGCGCAAAUGACACUGCGGGAGGCGGGGAUAUUAACGACAAUAGUAGCGACGAGGCGCUCGCUUUAGACGUUGUCCGAAACGCGAUUCAGCCUUCCGAGCGGCCCGACCACGUUCCGUCUCUUAUUCUUGCGUCCGUGAUUUGCGCGCGGCGUGACACGUGGAGCGAAGAGGGCGUGCGCUACGGCGAACGCGCCGUCGAGCUCGCUGCCAGCAGCGGCCCGCAGCGCGCUAAGGCGCUCCACGCGUUGGGAGUUAAUCUCCUGCUACACUCGCGCAACCAUUAUAUUUCCGCGGCUCGGCGUGACCAGAGUCUAAAGCGCGCCGUUGAGUCGCUAACCCAGGCGUCAGAAGAAGAUGCCACGUCAGCAGCUAUAAUGGUGGAUCUCGCGCUCGCGUUGGCCGAGCAGCGCCACGUCAGCGAGGCGCUGAAGGUCGCGAAGCGCGCGCUGAAAGCCGGCGGCGGACAGUGGCUGCUGGCGUGGCAAUUACUUGCGCUGCUGCUGACGUGUCAGCAGCGAUUCAAAGACGCGGAGGAUAUGUGCCGCGGCGGGUCAGUGACAGAGGCAGUGGUGUGGCAGUGCCUGGCGGAGGCAUAUCUGGCUGGCGGGCGGGCGGCAGAUGCCGACCUCUGUGUGGCCAAGUGUCAGACACUGGACCCGUACUCUGCUGACACGUGGAUGGUGGCAGGCAUGCUUGAAGAGGCAAGAGGCUGCCCUGAGGAGGCCCUUGCCUGCUACCGCAGUGCCUUGGCCAUCGACCAAUGGCACGCUGCCAGCAAGGCACGGCUGGGAGCCCUGCUGCUGCAGAUGGGCGGGGAGUGGCUGCACAUGGCGCAGGUGUACCUGAGGGAGGUGGUAUCUGGUGAUGGGUUCGAUGCACGUGUGUGGCAUGUGCUGGGAUUGGUGGAGAGAGGGCGUGGGGAUGUGGGAGCUGCUGCCGAGUGUUUCAGGCGAGCUAUGGAGGCGGAGGAAACGGCCCCUGCUGUGCCGUUUAAUACGCUUAGGCCGAUCCUGCCGCAGCUGCUUCUGUAA